AGAUUCAAAAAUGAAAGGCUUCUCACGCCGCACCUUUGUCGUUCUGUUAUUGUGGGUGUCAUAAGGUACGCCCCUCCUCGGCCGAGGAGUGUAAAACAGGUGCACGCUGAGGUUAAAAGAGUGCCCUUGUCCAAGCUGUCUGUUUUAUGAUGGAGCUGCUUUGUCCUCAUCUUGUCACGUCAGGUGGGCGCGACGGUUUUUCGGAGGCGGCCGUGCGGCCCGCUGCUGAGGAAAAGUCGUCGGAUGUUAUCGGAGCGGCGCGGCGGUGUUUCACCGUGUCCCGGGGCUGGAGCUUAGAGCAGAGCACAACGCCCGAUAAGGUGAUAAGAGAGCCAUGGUCUAGGCGCCUGCCAAUGACGCGGACCGGCUGGGCCUGGGGCCGGGCGCCCCCCGGGGCCCCGCGGCUGCUGGCCGCGCUGCUGCUGCUGCUCGCGCUGCUCGGCCUCGCCGCGGCCCAGGGCGGCCAGUCCGGCCAAAACAUCUGCCCCGCCGCGGCCGACAUCCAGCCGUGCGGCUGCACCGUCAAGAAGAAUGGGCUGGACAUCCUGUGCGAGACCACCGAGACGCAGCACAUCAACAAGGCCAUGGACGCGCUCAAGCGCCGCGGCAACGCCGUCAUCUUCUACCUCAAGCUGCGCCACAACACGCUGCCGAAGCUGCUCCAGUUUGUCUUCCUCGGCCUCGACAUCCGCCACCUCACCAUCCACAACAGCAGCCUCGCCGUCGUCGAGGAGUCGUCGCUCAGUUCCGUCGGCAAGAAGCUGACACAGUUGGACCUGUCGCAAAAUAUCCUUACCAUGGUGCCCUCGAAGGCGCUGGGCACUCUCCACCAUCUCCUCAUCCUCAAUCUGAACCACAACAAGAUCUCCGCAAUCCAUAACAACGCCUUCAUCGGCCUUGACACCCUCGAGAUACUGACCCUGUACGAAAACAAGAUAGAUGUGGUAGACGCCAACGCCUUCGAAGGGCUGGGCAAGAAAUUAAAGCGACUUAACCUCGGAGGAAAUGGGCUUCGACAAGUUCCUCAAAAAGCUUUAGCCACACUCGAAGUCCUGAGAAAGCUUGAAAUGCAGGAAAAUGAGCUGACCGAGAUAAGAGAAGGUGACUUCGAGGGACUAAGAAAUUUAGACACUUUGAACCUGCAACACAAUCGCCUCAACACUGUUCCUGCGAAAGUGUUUUCACACUUAAAACUUCUAAACUCACUAGAACUGGAAAACAACCAGAUUCGCUUUGUUGAUCCAGAAGCUUUCUCCGGUCUGGAAGAAAAUCUUCAAUACCUCCGACUUGGUGACAACAAGCUGAAUGAUAUUCCGAGUGAUGCCCUUCGACGACUCCACCGCUUGCGACACCUGGACCUGCGCGUCAAUAACAUCACAUUUAUUCCUGACGACGCUUUCUCUGGAUUUGGAGACUCCAUAACAUUCCUCAACCUACAAAAGAACGCCAUACUUGUGCUUCCGGGACUUGCGUUCGAGAACCUCAACUCUCUCGAGACCCUCAACAUGCAGAACAACAAACUGGAACACGUCUCCGAGGAGGUGAUGGAGCCCAUCAUCGACACCGUAACCCACUUCGACCUCUCGGACAAUCCCCUGAUCUGCACCUGCGAUUUGUCAUGGUACCACACUUGGUACAGAAGAGCUGUUGGAAUGGUUGAUGAACCCGCCGCUCAUAAACGGAAAACCAUGUGCUACUUGAACAGCGAACAUCGGGAAUACAAUCUGUUGGCCCUGCCGUUGGAAAAAAUGCAAUGUGUCAGGAAAAACUUGGGGCCAACUUCAGCAGCCUUACAGGUUUACGAGACGCGCGCUGUGAACACUGUUUUUGUGGUAAUGAUAAUCACAUGUGUUCUACUUGCGUUCUUCUAAUGAUAUUCAUGUUCUCUGGAAAAGAUACUUCCAGUAUGUUUGGCGUGGUUCGAAUUAUCCCAAACCAUGGAAAAUGUUGUCAAUUUACCCAGUAGAUUCGAGAAAAGUGCCAUUUUGUGGGUAAAAAUUUUACCUGCACCUAACAAGAUUCGCUGUUAAAUUGUAUUUUCGACAUAAAAAUAUUUGCGAUGUACUUUAGUGCAUUGGUACAUCACACGUUGGAUGAUUGUUUUAAAAGCGUCGUUGAUACUAGCACAUCAACUGUGUGAGAACACGACAAAAAGUUGUUUUGAUUAAUUUGAGUGUUUUUCGGUUAAAGUUAUACUUAAUUAUUAAUUUUAUGCUCGUGUGAUAAAGACGUUACUUAUUCAAUUUAAGCACUUUUGCGGGUGCCGAGUUAUUUAGGAGGACUUAAUAAAUGUCAGAUCUUUCGUAAGAAGGACGUGUUACUUAAAGAAGAAUGAGAGUUCCUCAUUUCUUUUACUUUUAAUUUUGUUGUAAAGAAAACUCGUACUGCUGAGAAAAGUUUUAUAUUUUUAGCAAUGACUCUGAACAUAUCAGCCAUGGGCUAUGCGUUCCUUUUCAAAGACGAUCUAAAUUUUUUAAAUCGACGAUUUAUAACAAGUAACACAUUGAUUUAUGUGUCUUGUGCGCCUUUUUUAACGCAAGUGACCCUUAAAAAUUGGCUAACUCUCUCUUGUUUGAUGUAUUGCAGUCAUUUACACCCACGUUCGUUUGGUAAGAAAGAAGGGUGACAGGGUAUGUAGCCGUGUUGUGUUGGUUGCCUACCCUUCAGAGGGUUCAUACCCAGGCCCUUUACUUAUCAAGAAAGGAUGAUGGCUAAUCUCGUUUUUAAGGCCAUUAGAACAAAUGCCAGUUGUGGCGGCCCGUGCAUUCUUUCCAAUUAUUUUAAUUGAAUGUUUUGAUAAGAAUAACGCAUGUAAAUUUGCCAGUCUUUAUAUUUAAACAUGAUAUUACGUUUACUGCACUGUCUUCUACAUAUCUUAAUGGUGGUUUUAAAAUCUAUGUACCUUAUACGACAUAUCAUAUUUCCCUUGUAUCCCUAUGUAAGUUUCUUCGCAGAAAUUGUACAUGAUCUUUAUAUAUUGUGAUAUAUUGUUGUGAAAGUGGAGUCAGUGUGUUCGUGCCUCAAAUGUUAUAGUAAACUUACAUAUCAUUCUUGUUACAUAUCAAUUUAAUUUUAAAUGUUCAAUCGAACUUUCCUGCGGUGUUAUAUUUCUCAUGUAGCGCAACGCCUUCUCCUUGUUGGAAAUGCGCGUCUGGUUUUAGAGUAAUUUGCCAUACAGCUUUUAAUAGACAUAAUUUUCAUUAAUUGUCGGUGUAUUGUUUAGCGUGGUGUUUCGUAAGUACGUGUUCAAAAAUGUUGAAGCAUAUAUUUUACGUUGUAGAUAUUGCUCUGUGUUUUUUUAGAGUAGUUCCAUUUGAUGUUUAGCUAAGGCACCGUGACCAGUCCUUCGAGGGCGGCACAAGAACCAUUCGAUACAUAUCGGUUUUAUUCGUGCAUUGCCACACUUGCACCGGCACUUGCUCAUCGUGCAAUAUUUUUUUACGAUCUUUUUCCUCGUGUCAGGCCAUCGUUUAUAAGUGUCCUGGGGCAGUUGGCAAUGCCGGAGAAAAACACCCACCUUGCAGCAGUUGGUUUCCUAUCUUGUAUCAUACUACUAACCGCUGCAAGUUAAUUUAGAUUGUUUGAGUACAUAUCAAUAUUUUAAAAAUCUAUAUAUUGUACAUUACUUAUAUAGUGAAUCUACUCGUAUUUUUAAAAUCAUGCGACAUUCAUUGAUAACCAUCUUUUUAUCAUUCCAUCCCCCUCGUCAUAUUUUUUUGUGGUUCCCUAGAACAUCGCCACGUGUAACGAUAUCACAUUUGGAUAAAAUUGUGUUCAUUUUAAUGUGAUUAUCAUUUCGGAUAAAUAAAUUUAAAUCAUUCCAUAUAAGAAAAA